ACGGGGGAGUUUACAUGAAGGAGACUCGGAGGCAGGGCAGGGGCAAGUUAAUCUCACGGAAAACGUGGUCAUGGGGAGGGAGUGAAACAAGGCUUUCUUGGUAGUUAAGGCAGUGGGGGAAGGGGCUAGCCUCGCUGUCCCAUGUGAGCUUCAAGGGUUAGUGCGUUUGGUAGUUCGGUCAGAAAAGGAAGCAGAGCAUAAACCCCCACUGAGCUUUGGUGUUCGCAAGCCUCACAACCUUUCCUAAAACUUAGUGAGCAAUGUAAGCCUAAGGGGAAAAGUUCGUUUUUUGCUUUCUUUUCCUAUGUUAAGAGAAAAUAAACGUGAUGCGGAGUUUAUUUUUUUAACAAUGCUAAAGAUAUGUUAAAACUUGACUGUAGGAACCUGUAAAUAAGCUUCUUUUGAUUUAUAGGAAAGUGCAUGAGAAGCAUCUUCAUAAUUUGAAGAGCUAGGUAUUAAGCAUUCUUAACGAUUCCUUCUCCUUAAUUCGCAAUCAUGUUGCUAAAAGGAAACAUAAUUAAAAGCAAAGUGCUUAGUUUUUUGGGCAGGUGGCCUAGCGCUGGAGUGACUUCCUCUGAAAGAGGGAAAAGUUUGCAUUGGGCGCUUCCAAGUAGAAACAUCCACCUUUCCUGCCAAAGAUGUACAACAAUGAUAUCUUGGGUGAUUGACCGUUAUGGGAAAAAUGAUGUUCUACGAUUCACAACAAACAUGAUGCUUCCUAUCAUCCAUUUCCCGAAUGAAGUUGUUAUCAAAGUUCAUGCUGCAAGUUUAAAUCCUAUAGAUGUUAACAUGCGAAGUGGAUAUGGAGCUGCUGCUUUAAGGCUGAAGCGAGAUCCACUGCGCAUUGCAAUGAAAGGCAACGAAUUUCCUUUGACACUUGGUCGGGAUGUUUCUGGUGUUGUGAUGGAAUGUGGAUUGGAUGUGUCCUAUUUCAGACCUGGAGAUGAGGUCUGGGCAGCAGUUCCACCAUGGAAACAAGGCACUUUCUCAGAGUUCGUUGUGGUUAGUGGAAAUGAGGUAGCUAGAAAGCCCAGGCGCCUCAGUCAUGUAGAAGCUGCUUCCUUGCCUUAUGUUGCUCUAACAGGAUGGUCUGCACUGAGCCAGGUUGGGGGGUUAAAUCAGGAUAAUUGUAACAAUAAAAGAAUAUUGAUCUUUGGUGCAUCAGGUGGAGUGGGUACCUUUGCUAUUCAGUUACUGAAAGCCUGGGGUGCUCACGUGACAGCAGUUUGUUCUCAGGAUGCCAGUGAACUGGUGAAACGUCUUGGAGCCGAUGAUACAAUUGAUUACAAAUCUGGAAAUAUGGAAAAGGAGCUGAAAGCAUUACCACUGUUUGAUUUCAUCCUUGAUAAUAUUGGUGGAUCCACUGAAAAAUGGGCAUGUGAGCUCCUCAAAAAGUGGUCAGGGGCUACAUAUGUCUCUUUGGUAACACCCUUCUUGGUGAAUGUGGACAGGCUCGGUGUAGCUGAUGGCAUGUUACAGACUGGGGUGACAAUUGGGACAAAGGCCGUAAAGCACCUUUGUAAAGGGAUCCACUACCGAUGGGCAUUUUUCACACCAAGCGGUCCUUACUUGGAUGAAAUAGCGACUCUUGUUGAUGAGGGCAAGAUACAUCCAGUUAUUGAUCAAGUUUUCUCCUUUUCUGAUAUUCCCAAGGCCUUCCAGAAAAUGGAAGAAGGGCAUGCUCGUGGAAAGACUGUCAUCGAUGACAUUCAACUUUGCGUCCACCCUACAAAAAUAGAAGAAGAAGAUGAAGAUAAGAAGGAGAGAUCAGGAUAUUCUCCAGGUUCCAACAGUAAAGGGAUUCCCUGGAAACCAGAUUCUUCAUACAGCAGCCAUCUACAAAUAGAAAAUAAUAGGAAAUUCCAAGUUGAGUAUAUUCUAGUUCAAAAAACCAUAGUACAUGACUGUAGCACAUUAUUAACACUAAAGAGGCACUGCUUUGGUCAGUAUCCAGAUGGGGGACAACAAGGGGUUAAACUUAAUACUUUCCAUCUAUCAACAGAACAGAUACUUCACCUUCACCUUCCUGCUGGACACAUACAUUUACACCCAAGACCUGCUCUAGCAAGCUGUCCUCAGCAGAAGGGAUGUGAUUCUGAGAUGUGAGUAAGGAGUGUGAUAGACUGAAUGGAACCCAAGAAAGCCCCAUGUAAGAUGCUCUAAACUUGUAAAAGGAAAACAAGACAUAUACAAUGAAACUUUUAAAAAAAUCCUUGGGCUUCUAUCCUCUAACAAUGCAAACCUAUACAUCUACUCAGUAGUAAGUUCUACUGAAUUCAGUGGGAGUUACUCCAGGUAAAUGUACAUAAGAUUGCAGCCUGAGCAACAUUUUUCCUGCUUUUCACCAUCUGAAGGAAUUUGUAUUAUGGAAUUUUACUACUGCAAUUAUCCUGAUAUUGUUAUGAUUUUAUUGAUGUUUUAUUGUUGUUGUUUUCCUCUAUUUUAACUUUUGGAAGCCACACUGAUAAUUACAUAUUGAAGGGCAGGGCAGCACACAAACCUGAAAGACAAAUAAAGUUACUAUCAGCAGUUCCAUAGAAAUGUUGACAUUUACUAAAUUUCGAACAUCCAGUGCUGCAUAUACAUAUACAAGUGCCAGCUUAAGCUACAUGGACUAUUAUGACAGGGAUACAGUUACUUGCCAAGGCAUGUUUGU